UCAUAAACAGCUCGUCAACCACUUCGGCAGCUUGCUAGCCAACAUAGCCGAAAGAUUCAAGCUAUUUAGACGCUUUCGGUCUAUAUUAGCUACCGUGUUUUAGACACAACUCUGUCGUAUCUACAUGUUAACCUAUUUAAUUUAAUAUUACGUUAUUUUGUAUUAGUCAGCUAUAGUAGCUGGCUGGUUAAGUUAGCACUAGUCUAGUCGCUAAUGAUAGCUAGCUUGCUAGCUAACAUCCCCGAACAUGAGCUUCCUAAACUUCUCUUCUCCUGCUAAAGAAGAGGCGGUCUGCUGGACGGAGAAAGAAGCUCUGGGGCUGAACAUUGUCGUGAAAGAGGAGAAGGUAGAAGAGGAUGUCACAGUUAAAAAACAAGUAGAGGGUGAGGCUGUUACAGUGAAAGAAGAAGAGAAAGAUGUUUCAGUGAAAGAAGAGGAAGGCGCGUUCAGAGUGAAAGAAGAGGAUGUUACUGUGAAAGAAGAGGAAGGGGAGGAUGCAGUUUUUGGAGUGAAGAAGGAAGGAGAGAUUACUGUCACAUUGAAAGAUGAAGGGGAGAUAGGAGAUAUGAGUAACACCAGAGAGAGACAUGACUACCGUGGGUCCUCUGGGGAGCCUCAACAACCUCAUGAUGCUGACAAGGCAGAGAAGAGUCUCUCCACAUUAGAAAACCUCAAGAAACACCCGCAGAGAUCCACAGGGAAGAUACCUCACUGCUGUUCUGACUAUGGGAAGAGAUUCACCUCAGCAGGCAUUAAGAUUCAUCAGAGAAUCCACACAGUAGAGAAAUCGUAUAACUGUACUCAAUGUGGGAAGAGUUUUACUCAUUCAUCCAGCCUGAUAUCACACCAGAGAACACACACAGGAGAGAAACCUUAUAGCUGUACUCAAUGUGGGAAGAGUUUUACUCAUUCAUCCAGCCUGAUAUCACACCAGAGAACACACACAGGAGAGAAACCGUAUAGCUGUACUCAAUGUGGGAAGAGUUUUACUCAUUCAACCAGCCUGAUAUCACACCAGAGAACACACACAGGAGAGAGACCUUAUAGCUGUGGUGAAUGUGGGAUGAGUUUUACUCAGCAAAGCAGCCUGAUAUCACACCAGAGAACACACACAGGAGAGAAACCGUAUAGCUGUGAUGAAUGUGGGAAGAAUUUUGAUACAUCUAGCCAUCUUACUGUACACCAAAGAUCACACACAGGAGAGAAACCGUAUAGCUGUACUCAAUGUGGGAAGUGUUUUUUUACAUCUAGCCAUCUGAAGAUACACCAGAGAAUACACACAGGAGAGAAACCUUUUAGCUGUACUCAAUGUGGGAAGAGUUUUUUAACAUCAAGCCAGCUGAAGAUACACCAGAGAACACACACUGGAGAGAAACCAUAUAGCUGUGGGCAAUGUGGGAAGAGUUUUACUCAGCUAAGCAACCUGAUAUCACACCAGAGAACACACACAGGAGAGAAACCGUAUAGCUGUGAUCAAUGUGGGAAUAGUUUUACAAAGUUGUGUAAUCUGACUCUUCACCAGAGAACACACACAGGAGAGAAACCUUAUAGCUGUGCUCAAUGUGGGAAGAGUUUUUUUACAUCUAGCCAUCUGAAUAUACACCAGAGAACACACACAGGAGAGAGACCUUAUAGCUGUGAUCCAUGUGGGAAGAGUUUUACUCAGCUAAGCAGCCUGAUUUCACACCAGAGAAUACACACAGGAGAGAAACCUUAUAGCUGUACUCAAUGUGUGAAGAGUUUUACUCACCUAAGCAGCCUGAUAUCACACCAGAGAACACACACAGGAGAGAAACCAUAUAGCUGUGAUCGAUGUGGGAAGAGUUUUACUCAGCUAAGCAGCCUGAUAUCACACCAGAGAAUACACACAGGAGAGAAACCUUAUAGCUGUACUCAAUGUGGGAAGAGUUUUACUCACAUAAGCACCCUGAUAUCACAUCAAAGAACACACACAGGAGAUAAACCAUAUAGUUGUAAUGAAUGCGGGAAGAGUUUUGUUCAAUCUGGCAAUCUGACAGUACACCAGAGAACGCACACAGGAGAGAAAUUGUACAGCUGUAAUGAAUGUGGGAAGAGUUUUGUUCAAUCUGGCAAUCUGACAGUACACCAGAUUACACACACAGGAAAGAAAUCUUGAGAUAAUCUGAGAACUCUGAUCAAGUUUUAUCUGAUCAAGUAAUAGAAAAUACAUACAUGGAGUGGUUUCAUGAUAUCAAGUAAUUCAUGUCACAAUGUGGAAUGUUAACACAUUGUAGUAGGAGUAUUUUAAUAUUGUCACAAUGUAGAAGCCUAAUCAUAUGCCCCCUUAUCAUUUGAUUUCAACAUGAUAUGGAUAUUAGCCUCAGGGGGAAAUUCCAGGCUCUGAAUUGGAAGAGUACUAUUGUGAUUUAACAAAAAAAUGUACUAACAAAAAAAGAGUUUUGUUACACUUGAAUAAAAAUGCAACACUUCAAAAUGUAGCAAGCUGUUUUCUACAAAUUGUCCUCUCACCAGGGAUGUACACAUUACUCCCAGAUUCCGUGUGGUUUUUGAGCUGUUAGUUUUAACAGGAUGUCCCUCCCUCUCUCGGACGAUAUGAGUGAUGACAAGUAAGUGUUGCGUUUCUCUUAGUGUUAUGGACCCAUAAACUCAAAAUGUAGCUGACUGUCUUUUGCAGGUUGUCUUCUAACCAGUGAGCUAAAAGAUAUCUCCCAUUUCCAUGUGUUCUUUUUUAGUUUCAACAGCAAGUACAACCUGAUUUCCCCCCUAAUCGAUAUCAGUGAUUUAUUGCUGCUUGUGUCCACGGUGAGGACAACUUGGUUUCUGAUUGUCUCAAGGUUGGGCAGUCAAAACGAUUUGUGUUUUGUGUUUAGCCAGUGCGUUCCAUGGAUGACAAAUUAUUUUGAAUUUCCAUAUUAGAGAUGAGUUUUGUUUGGGCUUGCUCCAAGGGGACGAGAGUUCAAGAAGCAAGUGAGUUUUAGGAAGGGAAAAAUACACUUUUUUUUCUUGUUUGUAAUUGUUGACUGCCAGUAGACACCAUGUUUAUAUUGGUGAAGGUGAAGCAUUAUAGUUGAUUAUAAUGUAAAAUGGAAGUUGUUUUCUGUUGGUGGUGCGCAUUCUCUUCAUUAAUGUGUUACAGUCUUUGGUUUUUCCAUUUAUGUUUUGAGGUUGGACUUCAGCACUUAUAGCUCGUUAGCACGGCCAGCUCGUUAGCACGUUGGACGCACUGAUUGGUGUCACCUCGUUAGUCAGUAUGUGUUACACCUGUGCUGGCUUGUCCAUCUCGUUAGUGGGAAGGUGUUUCACCUGAGCUGGUCCAGGUUCUAUUGAAGAGUGUCUGGCCCAGUGCUCCAGUUAUCUUGAUAGAUGUUGAAUGUCAACACAUUUAGUUGCUCCAUUGUUUUUGUUUACUUCCUGUCUGUAAGUUUGGUGUGAGUUAUUGUUUCCCUCUUCUUGGGCAGAUUUAGUGUGUCUUUUACGUCCCAGUUGUUGUUACUAGUCAACUUUCAGUGAACACUGAGAGCAAAACUGCAACAUUAUGUUAUAAUGCUUUUAUUGGAUCAAAUAGUUGUUUUUUGCAACAUAAUAGAGUGUUCUUAACUAUUGCGUCUGUAUAUUCUACUGAGGAUGGUCCUCUGGGGAUAACACUGACAGGAGCUUUACAAUGUCUUUUGGGUGAUAAAACCUAAAGUGACCGCAUUCCAGAGCAUGAGUUAAUGUUUCUGUUCAGGGCCAGACCCUGGUCUCUACACAAAGAGUACUGUUUUUACAGCAGAUACUGUCUCCUGUGAAUUAUAAGUAGCUUUCAUGCCAAUCUUAACCUUGUGACCCGUUCUAUAUGUCUAUUAUUGGUCUUGUAGGUUGAAAAGGGUUUAUCUUGGCUAUAAAAUACCUUUGUACUUUUGUCUCGUGGCUCUCAACAAAUAAUCUGGGGGUGAUUUGUCGACCAGCCAUCAUUAUCGUAGAGCACUCAAUUGAUUCACUUUAUAUGUGUGCGUUGUAUUGACCUGCUCCCUUAUAAGUGAAUAAAGAUUUAGUU